UAUCUAAAAAGACCCUUCUUUUACCAUCAUCACUUUCACACUCAAACCCCCCUCUCCAUCUCUUCAUCUUACCAGUCGGAAGUGUAGUAUCAAAAAUGCCGCAAAACGAGGCUGCGGCCAUUGACCCACUCGCCGGAGGAAGCUUUUCCCGGCUCCUCUUUUCCAACAUAGAAGCCGAAGACGCCGUUAAGAUUCUUGGUCUUGAUGAUCACCACCGCCGCCACCACCUUGAUAAUACAAACGGCGGCGGUGCCAGUCAUUUCGCAUUUGGAGACAAUCGAAAGCCACCGAAAAUGCUGUGCUUCGGAUCAGAUUAUAUCAGCAGUAACAUCAAUGGCGUCUCAGCGGUUUCAUCAACUACUCAUUCCACCGCAAUCAUCACCGAUGAUAACAAUAACUCAUCGUCGCCACCGUCUACUACCAACAGCACCACCACUUCUUUAUCAUCUAAUUCCAAUAUGAAAAGAGACAUGCGUUGGGAUUAUUAUCAGCCGGUUAUACUUCCAAAUAGUUUCGCCGCCACCAGUGCCACCCCGUCUCCGGCGAGGAGCAGCAGCCGCAACUGUAAAAAGAUGAGGACCGAAAAGACACCUCCGGUCAGCCAUGCAAAGGUGAAGAAGGAGAAGCUUGGAGAAAGAAUUGCAGCCCUACAACAGUUAGUGUCACCUUAUGGGAAGACAGACACUGCAUCGGUGCUACAUGAAGCCAUGGGAUAUAUCAAAUUCCUUCAAGAACAAGUACAAGUCUUGUGUUCUCCCUACUUGCAACGUCCCACGUCCACACACAUCGAAGGAGAAGAAGAUGAAGAUGGAGGUGAGAAGAAGAAAGAUCUUGGGAGCAAGGGGCUGUGUCUGGUUCCUGUUGAGUGCACCCUUCAUGUGGCAGAAAGCAAUGGUGCUGAUCUCUGGUCACCUGCCAUGGUCAACCGCCAUGAUUCUUCAGUACUGCACUGAACCACCUGGAAUCAUGAAAACUUAACCACCUUUUUGAUACUAAAAUGGCUGCUUCUCUCUCUAACUGGAGAAAAUCAGACAGUUUUACAGUAGAUCAUGUCGUUUUUUGUAUCUUUCUUUCUUACAGAUUUGACCAUGAUCUUUUUUGUGUAGUUUCGGAUAUAUAUAUAAGUCAAACUCAAAGAUUUCAUAGUCAACCAUUUUAUUGGCACUGAUUUCUUCACAUUUUGGUAGUACAAUGAUGGACAGUUGGUUGGCGACCAGACCCUUUACGUCCACUUGUAAUUUCAGACCUAAUAUUCGAUGGAAAUUUGUUUUUAUCGUAUAAUAUAAAAAUGGAUAUUUGAUGUUUGUAAAUAA